GGUAGAUUGGUAGUAUACGUUUAUGAAAACUAAACAGCAUAACAGCUGACUGACAAGUAUCGCACGUGGUUACUAACCUAACAGAAUUAAAUAAUCACUGUUAACUCUAUCAUUUGGAUAAAAAUAUACAAGAAGGAAUAUUUACCAAUCAGCAAAAAAUAACGAACGUCUUCACUAUUUGAAAAGAUAACAAAUACGAAAAAAUGGUCGCAGUAACUAUUUAUUUAGCCGUUCUCGUAGCAGUGCUACUGGGCGCAUACAUCAAAUAUUUCUUCCGUCAAAGGCGGAAGGGGGAGCCGAUGAUCGUUCCUGGAAACUUUAUAUGGGGUAACGGGAAGGAUUUUGCAGAAAAUGCCGUUAGUUUUAUACAUAAAGCACAAGCUAAAUUUGGAGACAUUUUCACAAUUCGCCUUUUGAAUCAACAUCUUACUAUAAUAGCAGACCCACAUACGUAUGAACGUGUUUGCAAAGAGAAGAACUUUGACUUUGAUCCAAUUCAAGAACAAGUUAACAACAAUGUAUUCAGUUUUCGUCUCUUUGACGCAAGGAAAAUGAUAAAGGAGGCCGGCAAAAAAGUAAAAGGACAAUAUCUUGUGGCAAACAUGGUAUCUUUUUCAAAGCACCUAGAUUGUGCUUUUGAUGACAGUGUUAAUGUUGCAACACAAAAUGAAAACGGAUGGAAUGAAGCUGGACUUCGCUCAAUGGCAUCUAACACGAUGUUCCGAGCUAUCUUCAGAACAAUAUUCGGCAAAGGUAAAAAUGGAGAUGUUUUCGAGCCAAACACUGUUUACAAAAGCUUCGAUUCUUUUCACAAGUAUUUCAAUUUCUUGUGGCUUGGACUUCCAAUCAAACUUUUUCCAAAUGCCUGUCGUGCAUUAGAGGUACUCAUUCAGCAGCCAAAUUCACAAGAAAUUAUGAUGCGCGAUGAUGUUUCAGACUAUAUCAAAUUCUCAACAGAGUUCAUGAAAGCUAAUGGUCAAACUGAAACCGACAUCAUUGGACAUAAUUUAGUGUUUCUCCAUGUUAAUUACAACACAUUCCGUGUAACAUAUUGGCUUAUAUACUACCUCAGCAAGUUUCCAGAAGCCCGGGAAGCGCUCCGAGAAGAAAUCAACGACCUUGUUGCGCAUAAAGCCGAAUUCAGUGAUAGCGAUGAAGCUGUUGAGAUGGACUUGGAAGAUGUAGAAAAGUUACCCGUUUUAAAUAGCAUAGUCAAUGAAACGAUCCGGUAUACAAGCGGUGUGUUCAUGGUCAGGGCCAUUACGAAAGAUACAUCAUUUGAAAUGGAAAAUGGGGAAAAGUUUAACCUAAGAGCCGGGGAUAGAGUCGCCAUGUACCCACCUGCAAUACACAAGGAUCCAGAAAUAUUCGAAAACCCAUUGGAAUACAAAUACGAUAGAUUUGUUGAUGCAAAAUUUUACAAAAACGGCCGGGAGUUGAAAAAUCCACUAUUAGCAUUCGGAUCAUUGUGCCCUGGUAAAAAACUUGCAAUUGCACAAGCUAAAUGGUACAUCUUCAACUUAGUGCACCAGUUUGACUUUGUUGUAGCCGAUGAACAAUCAUGUGUACCAGACGUUCACUACCAUGGACAUGAAAUUUUGCCACCAACGAACGAUGUUACUAUUUCUUAUAAAAGAAUUGAAAAUGUCAAAAAAUUGGAACUUGUUCGAUAAAAAAAGGUACGAAGAAAAACAAACGUUCCGGGUCCAAGAAAAUCCCCCUUUUUUGCUGAUCUUUCCUGACGAGAAAAUAUUUAAAAUAAACUGUGAACAUGUGUUAAAUCGCUACUGUUAAAUUCUAUUUUUGUACAUUCAAUAUGUUGUAUAUUUAUUUAAUAAUUUAUUUAUUUAUUGUUAUCACAUUUUGAGGAUGUUAAUUGUAUUUACCGAAAGGUUGUGAGAAGUUAUAUUUAUCAGUGUAAUUGUUAUGAGUAAAUGAUUUAUUUAUUUUUGUAUGAAUGAUUUGCUAAAUGUUUAUUACCUAACUUACAAAGCACACAUGUAUGUUAAAAUAAUGAGACGAUUGCGUGUUAAGUGUUACGGGUUAUGUGCAAAUAUCAAGUACUCCUUUAAAUGAUUAAUCGGGUUACAUAUUUGUUUAAUUUGGCUCUUUACAGGAGCAAAAUGAAACAUAUCUUAGCAAUACAUAACCUUUCGAGUGCUAUAUAUACAUAUUGUGAAACAAGUUUAUAUUUCAGCAAAAUUGUUUUUUUAUUUUUUAAUUUUGCAAACACAUUUUUACUUCACACAGAUUGUUCAAAAAAAUUGUCAGUGCGUAAUAUUUAUGAAUAAUUUGCAUUUACAAAAACUGUGUUUUUAUUUUUUACAAAUUCUUUUAAAUUAUUCAUUAUUUAUUUAUUAUUUAUUUUCAUCAAUUACUUUGACAUUUCAUAACCGAACAAUUUAUGUUAGAACAAGUUUUACCAUAUAUUUUGAACAAAGUAUAAUCUAGAGCAAGAAUUAAAAAGAUGUAAAUUUCGAUAUAAAACAGAUAAUUUUAUAUAUUUUUUUCACUUAUAAGAAGCAAGACUGUCAUUGUUAUUUUAGAUUAGAUUUUGACAUCACGAGAACAAAGACAUUCUGAUUACAUUUGUACAUACUCAUCUUAUUUAUUGAAUCUCAUUUGGACGCACAAUCUCAAUGUUCUCACAUAUCAUUCAAUGUUACUUUUUUGCAUACCUGAACAUACGUUCAAAACUUUAUUCUAAACCAACAGUUCUUUCAAGAAAAAAAUAAUACUUCAUAGCUAAUAAAUAUUAAAGCAUAAAUUUCAAAAUAGCACAAAAAAAUGAUUCUGUCAUAUAUUGAAUUGAAAUAUGUUCAUUUUCAUCGUUAUAUGCUAUAUUCAGGCAAUCAGAAUGUGGGAGUUAAUAAGCAGCGGAAACCACAUUCUGUAGAAUUUCAAAUACAUUUGGCUAAUUGUCAUUUUUUAUUAUCUUACCUUUUUUUUGCUUAGCUGUACAUAUAUUUUGUAAAAUUGUCUGAAUUCGAGCCGCAAAUUAUCAGUUAAAAUAUUUUUUUUAUUAUUUCUUCAUUUUAUUAUCAAAAGUAAUAAUUUAUCGUUUCAUGCUAUAAUAACAAUGUCUUUCUGAUCAUCUUCAUUAUCAUAUGUUUCCAUCAUCAUUGUGUUCACCAUCAUUAUCAUCAUCGUCGUCCUUAUCAUUAAUAUCAUCUAUGCCAUCAUCAUCGUCAUGAUAAUGAUUAAGUUACCGUUGUAUGUUAAUUUUGAAACAGUGGUGCUCUCAUGUCACGCCGAAGAAACGUUCGGUUUGUUUUGUGAAAAAUAAAACUUUACAUAAUAUUGAA